AUGGAGAGAAGAAGUAUUAUAAACCUGUGCACAAAUACUAGUGAGGGAACAACAUUUCUCAUGUCAAAGGAAAUGUCAGAUCAGUCACACACUAGUGAGGUUAUAUAUGAGCUGGUUGACAAGGCAAUUGAGGAUGUAGGUGCUGAAAAUAUGGUGCAGAUUGUGAUAGAUAAUGCUUCUAACAACAUGGGAGCAAAGGCAUUGCUGCAUAUCAAGAGGCCAAACAUAUUUUGGACUUCUUGUGUAACUCAUACCAUCAAUUUGAUGCUGCAAGGUAUUGGUAAUGUUCCAAAAUUCAAGAAGACAAUUGAUGUAGCAAAAUCAUUCACUAUCUUUGUCUAUGGCCACCACCGAACCUUGGCAUGUUUGAGGUCCUUCACCUUGAAGAGAGAAAUCAUAAGGCCAGGGGUAACCAGAUUUGCUACAGCCUAUCUUACACUGCAAAGUAUGAUGGAAAAGAAGGAUUGUCUAAGAAAGAUGGUGGUUGAUUCCAAGUGGUAUGACUUACCUGAUGUAAAGACCAAGAAGGGCAAGGAUGCUACAGCCACGGUGUUGAACAUUCGUUUUUGGAAAGAUGUGUCCCUUUGUUUGAAGGUCUUUGAGCCCUUGGUGAAAGUUCUACGUUUGGUUGAUGGGGAUGUGAAGCCAUCUAUGGGUUAUGUGUAUGGAGAACUUCUUAAGGCAAAGAGGGAGAUCAAGGAGCCAUUUGGAAAUGUGGAAAGGAACUAG